AUGUCGACAGAGGAGAAGAAGUUGAUCACCCUGAAGAGCAGCGACGGCGAGUCCUUCGAGGUGGAGGAGGCGGUGGCGAUGCAGUCGCAGACGAUCAAGCACAUGAUCGAGGACGGCUGCGCCGGCGACGGCAUCCCGAUCCCCAACGUCACCGGCGCGAUUCUGGCCAAGGUGCUCGAGUUCUGCAAGAAGCACCAGCACCACGCUCCCGAUCGUCAAUCCGACGCCGACGAAUUGAAGAAGCACCAGGAGCACGCUCCCGGUCACCAAUCCGACGCCGAGGAAUUGAAGAAGUGGGACGCGGAAUUCGCCAAGGUGGGCCAGGACACGCUCUACGACCUGCUCAUGGCGGCGAAUUACCUGAACAUCAAGGAUCUGCUGGAUUUGAUCUGCCAGACCGUCGCCGACAUCAUCAAGGGGAAGAAGCCGGAGGAGAUAAGGAGCUACUUCAAAAUCAAGAACGAUUUCACCAAGGAGGAGGAAGAGGAGAUUCGCAGGGAGAAUCAAUGGGCGUUUGAGUGA